UUAGUAUUGACGGUUUCCGUUCAUUAAAGUUCUCUGGUUAUAGGAGUACAUUAUUAAGAACGUAUUGAAUACUGUGAACUUUGUCAAAAAUGUAUAUCAAUCCAGUGAAUGUCAUAAAUAUUUUGUCGACUUAUUUUAUGAUGAUGAAUUUGCCCGAAACACCAGUGAAUGAGAAUGAAAUGAAACUAGCAGAUACAAUUAAAGAGUUUUUAAUUGAAAGCAUAAACACAUACGCGAGAAUCGAAAUUGAAGAAGACGAAACCUUGGAUUUUCAAGAACAAUUCAAACACCAUGAGCCUGAAAGUGUAGAAGACAGUGAAUUGGAAUGGGAUUCAAUUUCAUCUGAUGAGGCAGCAGAUGACUCUCAAUGUACAAAAAAUGAAGAUGAGAUUUCAUUCGAUUACAAGAAGAAAGCUGUGGAGUUUUGGAGAAGUGGAAAAACAAAAAAUUUAAAUAUUCGUACAGUUGCACACCGUUUUAAAAAAGUGAUUUCUAAAACACAAUUGAAGCGUUGGGCUCAUCAAAUCAAUAAAGGUGGGACUUAUAAAGAAAAAUUAAAUGAGAUAUCUCAAUAUACUUUAAAUCGCUUCAUUGAAGCAACUGAAUGUGGCAAGAUCGUACACGAUAUUGAUUUGCGACGAUGGGCUUUGACCGCACAUAAAAAUUUCAUGAAUUCCGAUGCACGAUUCAAAGCGUCAAAAGAAUGGGUGAAUAAGUUCAAAAGAGCACAUCGCAUUACGUCUCGGAAAAUUACAAAAUUUAUUACCCGGAAAACUUUAGAAGACUCAAAAAAUCUUAAAAAAACGGCUGAAGAGUUUACAAAUAACGUUAAAUCUGUUAUCAACGACCUUGGUCUGGAAAAUGUUUACAAUUCGGAUCAAAGUGGAUUUCAAUUUGAAAUGCAUUCUGGUCGCACUCUUGCAAACCAAGGAUCAAAAGAAAUUGAAUGCGUUGUUCAAUCAAUAUCUUCAACAACUCAUUCUUAUACGAUUCAACCAACGAUAUCCGCCGAUGGAAAAUUACUUUCACCGUUAUAUCUUGUAUUAAAAGAAAUCGGUGGUGACUUUGGCCCACGCGUAGAAAAAACGUUAUUCAAACCCACAAACGUUUUUGUUUCGGCAUCGAAAUCUGGAAAGUUAACAUCAGAUCAUUUCAAACAGUGGCUGACCGAAAUCUAUUUUCCGAAUGUUGGCGACAACAGUGCGCUUUUAAUCGACUCCUGGAGUGGACACUGUUCAGAAGUAGUUGAUGCAGUAACUCCUCCUAACAAAAAAAUUGUACUAAAAAUUAUUCCAAAAGGAACAACAGGACAAAUACAACCAUUAGAUGUGUUUGGUUUUCGAAUAUGGAAAAAUUUUGUUCGGCAUUUUUCAGAUAUAGUAAUUCUUUCCGGUAGCGAUAUAAAUCUGCAUUUGAGGAAUAACAUAAUCAAACUGCAGUCACUUGUUCACAAUCAACUGUCUUCCCCACGUUAUAUUAAUAUGCUUAAAUAUGCAUGGUACAAAAGUGGGUACAUAGAAAAAACACCCCCUGAGUUUAUCAAUCUGGUGACGUUUGGUUUUGGAGAUAAUUCGGAACCACGAUGUCACAUUUGUGGUGAUUUAGCUGUUAUAACAUGUUCGUGGUGCAAAAAACCUUUGUGUCUCAAACACUUCUUUGAGGAGUAUCAUUAUUGCAAUGAAUACAUUCCAUAAUACGAAAUGAAGAAACUGAUAAGUGCAUUGCCUGCUUUUUUUCCUGUCAUGAGUACUAGACAUUUUAAUAGCUAUAUAAUAUAUGAAUUAAAGGAUUUUAGAAAA